AUGGGGGCGUUAUCCAAGUUCGGCGGGGGUGGCGGAGCCACCGCUUCCGCGGACGCAUCCGCGAUCGGCGGAAAGAAGCCCACGCCGGGGCGCGGCGGGGUCGUUCUGUCCGCGUCCCCGGAAGAAUCCCGCGUGCGCGCGAUUUCCGAGAUCGUGCGGGCGAUGAUCGACGGCGUGCGCGCGGGUCGCGACGUCAAUCUCAACGCGAUCAAAUCCGACGCGUCGCGAAAGCACGGGCUGUCGCGCGCGCCGAAGCUCGUCGAGAUCAUCGCCGCGGUGGAGUACAUCCUAAUGGGCGGCACGUUCAUGUCGCUGCCAGCGGACUAUCGCGACUUCUUCGUGCGCAAUCUGCACGACGCGCUGUCAGGCCGCUCCUCCGCGUCUGUUGCCGAGGCAGUGCAAUACGCCGAGCAUGCCGCCACACGCUGCAUCGGCCUCACCAUCGAGACCCGGCCAGACUACUGUCUGGGACCCCAUUUGAGGCAGAUGCUAGCAUACGGGUGCACGAGGCUGGAGAUAGGCGUGCAGAGCACGUAUGAGGACGUGGCCCGGGACACCAACCGCGGCCACACCGUCGCUGCCGUCGCCGACUGCUUCUGCCUCGCCAAAGACGCGGGCUUUAAGGUAGUAGCGCACAUGAUGCCAGACCUACCCAACGUGGGCAUGGAGAGGGACAUGGAGUCCUUCCGAGAGUUCAUGCACAACCCCGCCUUUCGCACGGACGGGUUCAAGCUCUACCCCACACUCGUCAUCCGCGGCACCGGGCUCUAUGAGCUGUGGAAGACUGGCAGGUACCGCAACUACCCACCCGAGAAGCUCAUCGACUUAGUCGCGGGCAUCCUGGCGCUCGUGCCCCCCUGGACGCGCGUGUACCGCAUCAUGCGCGAUAUCCCGCUGCCACUGGUCACGUCGGGAAUCGACAAGGGAAACCUGCGUGAGCUGGCACUGGCGCGCAUGGCAGAGCUGGGGCUGCGGUGCAGAGAUGUGCGCACGCGGGAGGCGGGCAUUCAAGACAUUCACCAUGCUGUCAGGCCACAUGAUGUUCAGUUGGUGCGGAGGGAUUACGCUGCAAAUGACGGCUGGGAGACAUUUCUCUCAUACGAAGACGUGACGCAGGACAUUCUGGUGGGGCUGUUGCGGCUGAGGCGGUGUGGGGCGCAUGUGACGUGUCCGGAGCUGAGAGGGCGGUGCUCCAUAGUGCGCGAGCUGCAUGUGUAUGGCACUGCUGUGCCCGUGCACACGCGCGACACUGACAAGCUGCAACACCAGGGGUACGGCACGCUGCUGAUGGAGGAGGCGGAGCGCAUUGCGCGGUGGGAGCAUGGAUCGAGCAAGCUGGCAGUGAUCUCAGGCAUAGGAACGCGCCAUUACUACAGGAAGCUCGGAUAUGAGCUCGAGGGGCCCUACAUGGUCAAGGCUUUGCCGCGUGCUGUCAGGGGUAGGCGUAGGAAGAGCAGCAAAAGGCGGCCAAAGCAAGUGGUACACUGA